GUGGGGAGGAGGAGGUGGAGGAGGAGGAGGAGGAGAAGGGGGAGGAGCUUGUGAAGUUCAAGCGCACCGCCCACUGGUGCUCCUACUGGAUUCACAUAAACUUGGACGCGUCCUGCUUAACGAUGACCAAACGGCACGAAGGAGCACGAGAGAGCCAUCGUGUCGCGGCAAAGCACGCUGGAUAGGCUGGCUUUUUCACCUCCUUCAUUAUUUAUUUAAAAUUUUUAACAGAGAGAGAUAGAAAGUCCAGACUGCGGUAGAAACACCUCAGAGGAGGGAAGCAGCAGAAGAUCGGAGGCGUCCUGUACAAGCUCCCCGAGAUAUCCAAUCCCAGCAAGAGGAAUAUUAAUAUCUCUCUAAACUGAAGGAAAGAUUACAGAGUUCCAGGGAAUGAUCAUGCGGAGAAGAAGCGCGUCCCGGGACAUGAUCGUCUUAUUGUUUUUCAUGCUGCGCGCUCCCGGCGCACAUUGCGCGCUCCCUUCCACCCCGAUGGCCAGCGUGCACCCUCAGGACCCGGCCCUUCGGAUCGGCGCCAGCUUGACCGCCACGUGUUCCGUCGGCACCGACCACGGACUGCACGCCGGCUCGCUCUACUGGACGCUAAACGGCCGACGGCUUCCCAGCAACACCUACAGCGUGCUCAGCCCCAGCGUCCUCAGCGUCACGUUGAGCAACCUGAGCGGCUCGCGUCAGCGCUCGGGCGACAACCUGGUGUGUCACAGCGGCGGGGGGCACGUGCUUGCCGGGUCCUGUCUCUACGUGGGCAUGCCGCCUGAGAAACCGGUGAACCUUACGUGCUGGUCGAGAAACACAAAAGAUCUCACCUGCAAAUGGGCUCCUGGGGGUCAGGGAGAGACCUUCAUCAAGACCAAAUACACUCUCAAGUACAAGCUGAAGUGGUACGGCCAGGAGAAAGAGUGCGACGACUACAGCGGCGGGCAGCCGUACACGUGCUACAUCCCACGCGACCUCGCCCUCUUCACGCCCUAUGAGAUAUGGGUGGAGGCCUCCAACCAGCUCGGGAGCGCCACCUCAGACGUCAUCAACCUAGAUAUCCUGGACGUGGUGACGACGGAUCCUCCGGCCGAUGUGCAUGUGAGCCGCGUGGGCGAUCUGGACGAUCAGCUGACCGUACGCUGGGGAACUCCGCCUGCCCUCAAAGACUAUCUCUUCCAGGCCAAGUACCAGAUUCGCUACAGGCUUGAAGACAGCACCGAUUGGAAGGUGGUGGAUGACAUGGGGAACCAGACGUCUUGCAGGUUGGCAGGGCUCAGGCCGGGGACCGUUUACUUCGUCCAGGUGCGAUGUAACCCAGUCGGCAUCCUGGGAUCGAGGAAGGCAGGCAUCUGGAGCGACUGGAGUCAUCCGACGGCAGCGUCCACGCCACACAGCGAGCGCUCAAUGGCAGGUUCGUGCGACUCCAAAGCAGCGCGGCAGAACUCGACACUGCGUCAGGACCUGAAGCAGUUCUUCAGCUGGGUGCGCAAGCGUGUUUCCGACUGCAGUGCCAUGAGCAUCAAACAGUACGACCAGUGGCGCGUCUGGCUGCAGAAGUCUCACAAAACCCGAAACCAGGUAUGCAUGUGGCUCGGUUCCUUACUUUAGCGUCAUCCUAAACACAUUUACAUCCAAAUCCUGGUGGUGAAAUGAAUCAAAUAUGUUUUAAACAAACAGAAUAUUCAGACAAAAGAGUACAGACAGAUUACUCAAAAACCAAACAGAAAAUAUAGACAAAACAAUAAGUGCAGGGAAAAUAUUGUGACAACAAUAAUUAGAGGCAAAAUAAUCAGAUGAAACAAAAACUACAGACAAAAUACUUAAACAAGAAAAUAAAUACAGACAAAAAAAAUCCAUACUGACAACAUAUUCAGACAAAAUAAUAAAAUAAAAUUAUAAGCAUACGAACAAUUUACAAAACAAUAAUAAACAGACCAAGUUUUGAGACAAAACAAAAAGUACAGACAAAAUAUUUAAACAAGAAA